AUGCAGAUCCCUGUCCUUAUCGUGGUCACUCUGGCAGCCCUGCUGYCCCCAGCCCAGCCCUGUCCCUCCGAGAUGAACAAGGUCAAGGAUCUCCUGGAGGUGAACUGCACGGGGCAGGCUCUGGAUGGAGUGCCCCCUCACCUGCCUGUGGACACAGGCAUYCUGCUGCUCAGUGACAAUCGCCUGGUGUCCCUCUCCACCACCGCCUUCCUGCCUCUKGCCCAGCUCCAGGACAUUGACCUGGCCAACAACAAGCUGGAGUCUCUGGACACCGGGGCCCUGCUGCCGUCCGUGAAGGAGCUGACCCUCUCCCACAAUAAGCUGCGGUCUCUACCUGACCUGCAGGGCCUGCCUGCGCUCACCCGCCUGGCUGUGGCCCACAACAACCUGACAACACUGGCCCCGAAGGCUUUCCACACAGUGCCACAGCUGCAGGACCUGGAUUUGCGAGGGAAUCAGAUGCGGCAGCUGCCCGAGGAGGCCUUUGMAGGGCUGAGGGCACUCAAGGAGUUGGACCUCUCAGACAACCUCCUGGAGGACCURCCCAAGGAGUUGCUGCAGGACCUGCAAAAGCUGGACACGCUCUGGCUCUCAGGGAACCGCCUGCAGAGCCUGCCCAUCGGCUUCUUCCCAAAGGGRCGCCUCUUCAUGUAUGUUUUCCUCACAGACAACCCCUGGCGUUGCGACUGUGACCUGUACUACCUGCAGAUCUGGAUCAACCAGAAUUCUAACAGUGUUUAUCAGCACGAGCGGGGCCUGGAGGAAACAAAGGUAGAGGUUGCACCYGAGAAGGUAGUGUGCCACAGCCCUGCUGAGCAUCAGCAGAAGCCCAUCAUUCACCUCAAGCUCAACUGCAGCAAUGUGUUGGAUAUAGAUGAGGAAGGAGGCGAUGAAUAUAAUUAUGAUGAAGAAAUAAUGGAAAAGACAACCAUUACCACCUUUCUGCCACAUCCAUUCAUCCCCAAAGAGCACACUACCAUGCCCAGUACUGCUACCUCACCUGGCCUCCCUCCUGCCCUCACCAGACCUUCCUUCAGCAGCCCUUGUACUUCCACUCUUUCCCCAACAAGCAUCAGAGCUCCCAGCACCACCACUCCUGYACCAGCCAGUCCCACCACGACACCCACACAGACCCCCAGCACUGCCACCAUUUUCACUGCUGCGACCACCAUCGUCCUGCAAAGACCCUCCACCUUUGACUCUGCCACCUCACUGCCAACCACGAUGAGCAGCAGCCCUCCUAGCACCAGUGGAUAUCCCCAUACCACCCUUGCUGCCAGCACUACCUAUGCCAGUCUCAUGGGGUCCACUGGCACAUUGCCCACCACUUCCACAGCAGUGCCUUCUAUUGCCAUGCUAGAGGCCUCUUCCAUUGUUAGAUCUCAAUCUCCUCCUCCGAUGUCGGCCAACACCAUGCUUUCCACUCAUGCCCCAACACCACCACCUCCCCUGGACACCACACAYUUCACCCAACCUGCAUGUUCCCCCGUACCUGCUCCUCCUCCCCUCUGCCCAUGCUCCCUCCCAGGACGGGCUGUACCUGUGCUGCRUUUGCAGGCAGGUGAGGAGGCUCYGCAGUGGGGGCAGUGGGUGCUGAGGCACUGCUGCUUCUUGCACUGGGUGCUCUGCCUGGCUUCCUUGGCUCUGCUGAUCCUGACCGUGCUGGCUCUAGCAGGCUGGCUGGCAUGGAUGUGUCUGGUGGGACAAUCAUGGCUCCAGUCCCUGCAGACCCGAGAGGUGCAGUAUCCACUGCUGGGAUGGAGGGAGYCAGCAGAAAGCCCUGUGAUGCAUCUCAGCAGUUUCAACAGCCCCCUCCAGCGCCCCGUAUUCUGUACGAUCAAGGAAGUAGAGUUGUGGCCUGAGGUUACCUACUGCACCAUUAAAGAUUUGGGGAUCCAGUGCAGUCCUCCUGCAAAUUACUCCUUCUGCACCACAAAGGAGUUGUGGGUUCACCACAGUCCUCGGCACACAUCAGUCAAGCCUUUCUCCAGGAAGCUGAUGGCCACAGGCCUUGGCUUCCUGAAGACCCCAUCUGCUUACAGCCUGGACAGAGGUGUCAAAGCCAUCGGUGAUGUCAGAGUGAAAUAUGCAGGUAACACCAUGUAAAUGUUUCUGUACUCUCAGAGAAAGAGAUGGAGAGUCACGGCUUUGCUUCACAAGCCUUUUUACAAGAGAAAGAUCUACUUGCCUAGGAGGAAGCCAUCCAGCUCCUUCCUCUAGUAUUCUCAAACAGCCUGAGGUUUCCAGAACCAAAAUAAUUACUUGGGUAUUUGGCAGGGGAAGAUAAUAUCCUAAACUGGUCAGUGAUAGCCUGGGAUUGCCGCUGCCUGGUUUUGGGGUGAGGGAGGGCAAGCAGAACUUACA